UCCUAUAAAACUAUGAUUCUCGGCUUUUGGAAUUUGGACUCUUCUGUGCUCCUCGUAACUCCUCUGCUUCUCACUCUUCCCUCUCUCUCUGUCUGUCUCUUUCUCUCUCUCUCCGAGAGUUGCCUUAUUCCUGAAUUCAUUCAUUGAGAUAUCUGUUUUAGAUGCUUUUAUAUUCGUCCAGUUCCUGUUCCUUCUCGGCAUUCUUUCAAUUUUUUGGAUACAAUUGUAGUUGUUGUUGUUGUUCGAGAGAUGCAUAAUUUGGUCAAGUACACAGAGCACCGGAAUGUUACGAAUAAGCUCGUGAAAUCUCUUGCCAAACAGUUUCCGGUUUCCAAUGCCGAGAAACCAAAACUAGUUCGGAUCUCCGUCACGGAUGCCGAUGCUACUGACUCGUCGAGCGGUGAAGAGGAAGACGAAAAGCCGUUUCGUCAGUACCGAGUAAAGAGACUCGUGUACGAGAUCAGAAUCCGUGAUUUCUCGCACUACGCGGCCAUUAACGCAAAGCCACAGAAUGCAGAGCUGAAACAGAGGCCAAAGCAGCCCAAAGAAGAAAAGAGUACUACACCGGUACGGGCACCGGCAAAGCAGCAGUUUUUGCAGGAUGGUAAGAGAUACCGAGGCGUUCGAAAACGGCCAUGGGGUAGAUGGGCGGCUGAAAUCAGAGACCCUCUCCGGCGGGCAAGGGUCUGGCUCGGGACGUACGACACAGCCGAAGAGGCAGCCAUGGUAUACGACAAGGCUGCCAUUCGCAUCAGAGGCCCCAACGCUCUCACAAACUUUGUCAAACCUCCGGUUUCACCUCCAACGCCUAAAGUUGAUACGGAGAGAAACUCAGUGAGCACUACUACUCCGGCGAGUUCUACUCAACGAGCAGUUGAAGAAAGCAAGGAAGAUUGCGUGUGGUUGGAUCCACAAAUGUUGAAAGAUUUCAUACUUUUGGAUGAAAUGAUGCUGCCAGAAACAUAUUCAAGAGAAGAUUUAAUCGACAUGUCAGUAGAUUUAGAACAAGACUUGGGAUCUUACAAAUGGGACGUGGAUGCAUACUUUUCGGGUUGAAAUAAAUAUGAUUUGUAAAUAGCGUUGUCUUCUGUAGAUCAAAACCAUCACUACUCUAUCAUCAAUUUCUAAUGUGAAUAUGCAUCCCUCCUCCU